AUGGCUUCAAUAAACAAAGCCUUAUUACAGACUCCUGUGCCAUAUUUAAUUGCCAGAAGAUUUCGUGGAAAAAUAAAUGUCCAAAAACCUCGUAAACCGCAUUUUGCAAGGCAACUAUUAAUUGAUAUAUCAAAACCAUUUUAUGGACCACCAAAAAAUUCUCUCCCAGAGAUCUUAUUAUGCGGACAGGGAAAAGAGAAGAAAAAGGCUGAAAUAGAUAAUCCUUUUGAAAGGAUUUUAGCACGGGAAUGUCUUGAUUGGUUCAAUACUUCUAAGAUGGUUGUGUUUUUACAUUUAAAUUCAAUAAGUAUGGAAGAAAAAACACCCAUUUUUGCUGCACUGAAAAAAAAUGAUAUGCAUUUGAGGACAUAUGGCAAAAAGAUAGUAAACAUGGCCACUAAGGGAACUCGUUACGAAGUUGUAAAUAAUUUAUUUACCUCACACCAGAAUAUUAUAUUUGGUCAACCAGAAAGUGCAGUAAAAAUGUUCAAAAUACUUAAAAAAGCACCACAAUUGGUAGUCAUGGCUGGUAUAAUUCAAGAUAAAUUAAUGUCUAAAAAUGAAUUGGUUGAAUAUAGUAAACUACCAAGUUUGGAAGUGGCACAGAGUCAACUUUGCUCUGUUUUACAAAGUGCUGGAUCGUGUAUUGUGAGUCAACUCAAUCAAAGUCAACAAACACUUGUUUCUCAUCUUGAGAAACACAUAGAGAUACAGAACAAUUCAUCUUCAAACUCCGAUACAAGUACACAAAGC